ACACGUGUGUUGGGCUGCACGCGCGGCCGCAGAGGGAGUGGAACUUCGGUUUUGUCGGUGUCGGUCGUGGGCAGCAGAGUAAUAAAGGCCAUGGCGCCGGCGGAAAUCCUGAACGGGAAGGUGGUCUCCGCGCAAAUAAGGGAGAGACUGAAGAACCAAGUCACUCAGAUGAAGGAAAAAGUACCUGGCUUCACACCUGGCCUGGCAAUUUUGCAGGUUGGUGACAGAGAUGAUUCCAAUCUUUAUAUAAAUGUGAAGCUGAAGGCUGCUGAGGAGAUUGGGAUCAAAGCCAUUCACAUUAAAUUACCAAGAUCAGCCACAGAAUCUGAGGUGUUAAAGUGCAUCACAUCCUUGAAUGAAGACUCCACAGUACAUGGAUUUAUAGUGCAGCUACCUUUAGAUUCAGAGAAUUCCAUUAACACUGAAGCAGUCAUCAAUGCUAUUGCACCUGAAAAGGAUGUGGACGGAUUGACUAGUGUCAAUGCUGGGAAACUUGCUAGAGGUGAUCUCAGUGAUUGUUUUAUUCCUUGUACACCCAAAGGAUGCUUGGAACUCAUCAAAGAGACAGGGGUGCAGAUUGCUGGAAGGCACGCUGUCGUGGUUGGGCGCAGUAAAAUAGUUGGUGCCCCGAUGCAUGACUUGCUGCUGUGGAAUAAUGCCACAGUAACCACCUGCCACUCUAAGACUGCCAAUCUGGAUGAGGAGGUUAAUAAAGGUGACAUCCUAGUGGUUGCAACUGGUCAGCCUGAAAUGGUGAAAGGGGAGUGGAUUAAACCUGGGGCAGUCGUCAUUGACUGUGGAAUCAAUUAUGUCCCAGACCAUACAAAACCAAAUGGGAGGAAAGUUGUGGGUGAUGUGGCUUACGAGGAGGCUAAAGAACGAGCGAGCUUCAUCACACCUGUCCCCGGCGGUGUUGGGCCCAUGACUGUGGCAAUGCUAAUGCAGAGCACAGUAGAGAGUGCACAGCAUUUCCUGGAGAAAUUUAAGCCAGGAAAGUGGACGAUUCAGUACAACAACCUUAACCUGAAGACACCGGUUCCAAGUGACAUUGAUAUAUCACGAUCUUGCAAACCGAAGUCCAUUGGUAACCUGGCUCGAGAAAUUGGCCUGCUCUCAGAAGAGGUAGAAUUAUAUGGUGAAACAAAGGCCAAAGUUCUGCUGUCAGCGCUAGAGCGCCUGAAACACCAGCCUGACGGGAAAUAUGUGGUGGUAACUGGAAUAACUCCAACACCCCUGGGAGAAGGGAAAAGCACAACCACAAUUGGACUGGUACGCCUUGGUGCCCACCUUCAUCAGAACGUCUUUGCGUGUGUACGACAGCCUUCUCAGGGCCCUACUUUUGGAAUUAAAGGUGGCGCUGCAGGAGGUGGCUACUCCCAGGUUGUUCCUAUGGAAGAGUUUAAUCUUCACCUCACUGGUGACAUCCAUGCUAUCACUGCAGCUAAUAACCUCGUCGCUGCGGCCAUCGAUGCUCGAAUGUUCCAUGAACUGACCCAGACAGACAAGGCUCUCUUCAAUCGUUUGGUACCAGCAGUAAAUGGAAUAAGAAAGUUCUCUGAUAUCCAACUCCGAAGGUUACGGAGACUAGGCAUUGAGAAGACAGACCCUACCACACUGACAGAUGAAGAGAUAAACAGAUUUGCAAGACUGGAUAUUGAUCCAGAAACCAUAACUUGGCAAAGAGUGUUGGAUACCAAUGACAGAUUCCUGAGGAAGAUCACAAUUGGACAGGCACCAACAGAGAAGGGGCACACACGGACGGCCCAGUUUGAUAUUUCUGUGGCCAGUGAAAUCAUGGCUGUCCUGGCUCUCACCAGUUCUCUGGAAGACAUGAGAGAGAGACUAGGCAAGAUGGUGGUGGCAUCCAGCAAGAAAGGGGAGCCUAUCAGUACUGAAGACCUGGGUGUGAGUGGGGCACUCACAGUGCUGAUGAAGGAUGCGAUCAAGCCCAAUCUCAUGCAGACACUAGAGGGCACUCCAGUGUUUGUUCAUGCUGGCCCCUUUGCCAACAUUGCACAUGGGAAUUCAUCCAUCAUUGCAGACCGGGUUGCACUCAAGCUUGUUGGCCCGGAAGGCUUUGUAGUGACUGAAGCAGGAUUCGGUGCAGAUAUUGGAAUGGAAAAGUUCUUUAACAUCAAAUGCCGUUAUUCUGGACUCCGUCCUCACGUUGUGGUGCUUGUUGCCACUGUCAGGGCUCUGAAGAUGCAUGGGGGUGGCCCCACGGUCACUGCUGGACUGCCUCUUCCCAAGGCUUACACAGAGGAGAACCUGGAGCUGGUUGAAAAAGGCUUCAAUAACUUGAGGAAACAAAUAGAAAAUGCCAGAAUGUUUGGAGUUCCUGUAGUGGUGGCCAUAAAUGCAUUCAAGACAGACACAGAGGCUGAACUGGACCUCAUCGGCCAUCUUGCCAGAGAACAUGGAGCUUUUGAUGCUGUCAAGUGCACUCACUGGGCGGAAGGGGGCAAGGGUGCCUCAGCCCUGGCCCGGGCUGUUCAGAGAGCAGCACAGGCACCCAGCAACUUCCAGCUCCUCUAUGACCUUGAGCUCCCAGUUGAGGAUAAAAUCAGGAUCAUUGCGCAGAAGAUCUAUGGCGCAGAUGACGUUGAAUUGCUUCCCGAAGCUCAGCACAAAGCUGAAGUCUACACAAAGCAGGGCUUUGGGAAUCUACCCAUCUGCAUGGCCAAAACACACUUGUCUUUGUCUCACAACCCAGAGCAGAAAGGGGUGCCUACGGGCUUCGUUCUGCCCAUUCGUGACAUCCGUGCCAGUGUCGGUGCUGGCUUUCUGUACCCUUUAAUAGGGACGAUGAGCACAAUGCCUGGACUCCCUACCCGGCCCUGCUUUUAUGAUAUUGAUUUGGAUCCUAAAACGGAACAGGUGAAUGGACUGUUUUAAACAGAUCACCCAUCUUCAAGAAGCUACUUUGCAAGUUUGGCCAAUGUCAGUCAGGCCUACUGAGUUAGGAAGUGUGGAGACAUGGCAAGAAGUCAGCUCCAGCCCUGAAGAUCUUCUGAAAUAAAUAGUGGGGGUUUUCCCAAAAGCCUUUCUAUAUCCUUAAUUUUCAUCAUCAUGUAUAAAUUAACAUAAAUCAUGCACAUGUCUGUUUACCUUAGUGAGGAUCCACAGAAUAAAAGGAAUAAUUUUGCUAUCUUGGUGUCAAAAUAUAAACCAUAGUGUUAAUAGACUGCUGCAAUAUUGCUUCUAUCCUGUGAGUGCAUUUAUUGGGCAGCCGCUUGGGCUGAAGAAGCAAGUUGCAGUGUGUACUUUGUUUGUAGGGGGACAUGUAUGCGUGCUCGUGUAUCUCUGUGAGGACACAUAAUUCAGGAGACCUCCUGAGAAGGUCAGAUAGAAGCAGAGUAUGGAGGAAGACUUGCCUUUUUACUUUAUACCUUUCUCUGUUCAUCUCCCUUCUUCUUUGGGAAGUAUUGCUUAUAUCGGUUUUUGAUCUAAACUUCCUUUGAAUUCUCAUUUCUGUCAUAGAAUUGGCAUUGUUUAUUUUUAAAGUCCUCAAGAAGGAUGGUGGAAUCACUAGCGUUGGAUCCUGCCAGAGAGUACUGCAUCCCCACCGGAACCAGUGCUGCCCAUUGCUGAUAUGGGCAAUGCCUUUUCUCCAGGCAUUCUUGGGUUUAUUAUGUUUAAUCCCCUGGGUCCACAUCAGAGAUGUAAUAGUUUUAGGAAGCAAUUGACAGAGGGGUCAUGAGCACAGAACCCAGCUUUGCUCCUUAAUGCCUCACUUAGCUGUCUGCACCCAAACCACAUCCACACCACGGGCACUUGUCAGUGCCUUCCCAUGAGGGUGCUUGUUGAAGCAAACAAAUCACAUCAGACUUUGUACAGUGAUGAAAGUUU